AAGCAUUGCAAGUUAUCAGUUAUCACAGAAUUUGAUUUUCUUGUUAAGUAACAAAAUGCUGUUAGUCGCCAAAUGUCACAAAUUUGUGACUCGAUAUUUUAAGUGUUUUGUUUAAUUUCACGGGAAACUUUUUUUUUGAAAAUGCUCAGUACUAAAGAUGCUGUCGGUAAAAAUUGUCACUGUGGAUUCCUAUAUGUCUACACCUGUGUUCGGCCUCGAUCCAACUUAUUCACAAUUCAGAGGUGCAACUGUGGGCCAAGUGCCGGUGCUAAGGGUUUUCGGUAUUACGAAGGAUGGCGUGAAGGCAUGUGUGCACAUCCAUCGAAUAUUUCCUUAUAUGUAUAUCCCAGUGGAUGAUGAUGAGACCAAUGUUGAAGGAUUCAUGCAGAGAUUGUCAGAAGAGCUUGAAAGGCAUAUCAAUAAUCAGUCAAACGACAAAUUAAAUAAACAACAUAUUUUUAAAGUGCAACAAGUUUGUGGCAUACCGUUUUAUGGGUAUCAUUCCAGCCCAAAGUCUUUCCUUAAGAUAUUUUUCUAUCGUCCAUAUGUAAUAAAGAAAGCCGUUGAAAUUCUUGAAAGUGGACUGAUAUUCAACAAACCGUUUCAACCAUAUGAAGCCCACUUGCCUUUCACCCUGCAAUUUUUUAUUGACUAUAAUCUUUAUGGAAUGAGUUUUUUGAAUGUUUCAAAAUAUGUUGUUAGGAUAGAUAACAAUUCUAGCACUGAAGUUCAGAGGAAAGAAAGUUACUGUGAACUUGAGCUUGAUGUUUUAGGUGAAGAUAUUUUAAACCAAAAAUUAACUGCAGACAUUUCUUUGGACAUGAAUCCGGGUUUGGUGUAUAUGUGGGAAGAAGAGAAAUCCAGGAGGAGGAUGAAAGGUGACCUAUCGCAGAUUUCUUUGGUCAAAUAUGACAAUCCAGUUUCCCCUUUCAGAUCGAAUAUCGAGCUUCAACUUAUUGCAAAACUUGUUCAGAGUUUAGAGAGACAUUUAAAGCCAGUUCAUGUAAUAGACUCAUUAGAGUUGACUAGUUCUGGUAUGCUGGAAGCUUCUUUUAUUGAAAACCAUAGUCAAGAUAUGGAUGUUAGUAUGUUAGUGGAUUCUCAGGUUAAAAGUCUUUUGGAAAUAUGCAAACAAAUGUGGGAUGAAGAGGACGAAUCACAUACAAGUGAAAACCAUAGGCCUGACGAAGACAGCAUUUUAGGAACCCAGAUCUUACCGGAACAUAAUCAAGAUCAAGAGGAAGUAGAAGACGAAGAAAUUGACCUGUCUCAACCAUUAGAUAUAUCAAGAUCUGAUGAAGACCUUUUUUCCGAGGACGAACAGGGACAAUUCAAUCCUCCUGCAGAUUCUGGAAGUCCAGAUUUGGAAAGACUUCUUUUUGUCGAUGGCAAUGCUGAUGAAGAAGAGUCACCUAAGAAAAAAGCCUCACCGAAGAAAAGAAAAAAAAUCGAUCCUCAGAGAUAUAAACCUUUGGAUAUCAUAAUUCAUAAAUCUCCUAUGAAACCAUCUACAGAGACAAUAGGGAGUCCUUUUCAAAACAGCGAGACAAAAGAUAAAUGCCAGAAGAUAAAAUUAAAAAUGAGGCAAAAGCAGAAAGUUGACCUGAGAAAACAAAUUGCUUUAAAAAAUCCAGAAAAUAAACUUAUAAUAGAUGCUGUUUCAAAAAUUAACCCACCUCUGCAUUUAGUAGAUGAACGUAAUGAAGGUGAUAUUGCUGUUCAACGGAAAAUAUAUCAAGACCUAGAUUCAUCUACACAUUUAGUAAAACAAAAUAUUCUAGAAAUUAAUGAAAAUUCAGAUGUAGAAAUUGCUGAAGAUAAAUUUAAUGUUUCUCAAACAAGUAUCACUAGUUUUUACAAUUCUUCUCAGAACUUUACACCAGAUUGCAAAACACUUUCACCAUUACAAAAUCCACCAACAAGAAAUGAUGUUAUCAACACGUUGAAAAAUUAUAAUUUGCAAGAAAUCCCACAGCAUAAACCUUUUUAUGGUUCGUUCAUUGAUAACAGCACAUCAAAAGAAAUCGGGCUGAGCAAAAUUUCCAUUUUGAACAAGUACAGUUUGGAAGAAUUUUCCGGAACGUAUGGGAGCUUGGAAUUGACUCAAAGAGGCUUUAUAAAAUCAAUAUUUGGUGCUCACAGCUCUAGCAAUGAUUUUAUUGGAACAUUAACAACACAAAAAAGUGCUAUUCUCACCACGCUCCAAAGCUCUCCAAACUUCAAGGAUGCGCAGGCAUGGUUACAGAAACAAAUUUCUGAUGGCGAAAGAAUUUCAGAACCACUUACAGCUUGUCCAACCCACACAGAUCAACAGGGCAUUGAAGUCUCUCGGUGUUCUGGAGAUUCGGAGGUAUACUCAUCAUUUGACUCUGAAACACUUAAAACUAUAAUUGAUAUAAGAAACAACAGCUGUGCCAUUGAAGCAUCUUCAGUGGAAAGUUUGGACCUGCAACCUGCAAAAUCACUCACCAACACUUACACAUAUCUUACUCUAUUUUGCUUGGAAAUUCAUGUUUUAACACGAGGGCUUUUAAAUCCAGAUCCUGAAUAUGAUCAGGUUGCUGGAAUAUUUUUUACAAUAACAAAUGAUGUCCCAGAUAACAUUAACAUUGAACAAAAUAAAACUGGAAUCAUCGUUUUAUCUACUGAAUCUAAUAUAAACAUUACAGAUGACACCUUUAUAUUUAAAGUUGAAUCUGAGAAAGAUAUAAUAUUUAAAUUAGUAGAACUUGUGCGAAAAGAAGACCCAGAUAUUUUAGUGGGAUAUGAAAUCGAAAAUUCAUCUUGGGGAUAUGUCAUCCAAAGAGCUUACUCGUUGGGAAUAAAUUUAAUUUCAGAUCUUGCAAGGGUGCAGAGUUUGACCACUAAUGUUAGAACUGAUGAUCUCAACAGAGAUUUGAAAAUAACUGGCCGUGUUGUUCUCAGCGUUUGGAGGAUGCUGAGACAUGAAAUAUCACUUAUGAGUUACACAUUUGAAAGUAUGAUGUAUCAUAUUUUGGAUACAAGGGUGCCAAAAUAUUCUUACCAGAUGCUGACAAGUUGGUGGUCCCAUUUUUCCAAUAAGUACAAGGAUUUGACUAUUAAUUAUUACCUGACGAGAGUCAAAGGUGUCAUCAAACUUCUCGAGUCACUUGAUCUUAUUGGACGAACCAGUGAACUUGCAAGUCUUUUUGGUAUACAGUUUUUUGAAGUGCUCUCUAGAGGAUCGCAAUUCAGAGUAGAAUCAAUGAUGUUAAGAUUGGCUAAGCCAAUGAAUUAUGUCGCAAUUUCUCCAAAUAUUCAUCAAAGAGCUGCUAUGAGAGCUCCAGCAUCCCUUCCGUUAAUCAUGGAACCUCAGUCAAGGUUGUAUACCGACCCCGUGAUAGUUCUUGAUUUCCAAAGCCUGUAUCCUUCUAUGAUGAUUGCAUAUAAUUAUUGUUUCUCAACUUGCUUAGGCAGGGUGGAUGAGAUAUUAGAAAAGGAUGAAAUUGUCUUUGGCUGUUCUAAAUUGAAGCUGGACAAGAAUGAGCUGUUGUCCCUUAAGGAUCAUAUCCAUGUUAGCCCAGCGGGGGUUGCAUUCGUUGAUAGUUCUGUACGAAAAGGCAUACUGCCCAGGAUGCUGGAGGAAAUUCUUGAAACCAGAUUAAUGGUCAAAAAAUCAAUGGGGAUGCAUAAAAAUGACAAGAAGCUGUACAAAGUCUUACAUGCAAGGCAGCUCGGUCUAAAAUUAAUUGCAAAUGUCACUUAUGGAUAUACGUCUGCAAAUUUCUCUGGGCGUAUGCCUUGUAUUGAGGUCGGUGACAGUGUUGUGAGCAAGGGAAGGGAAACGUUAGAACGAACAAUUAAACUGGUACAUGAGACAAAACGAUGGGGCGCUGAAGUUGUGUACGGUGACACAGAUUCCUUAUUUGUCUUAUGCCCUGGGAAAACAAGGGCAGAGGCCUUUCGCAUUGGAGAAGAGAUUGCUGAUCUAGUCACCCAAAACAACCCAAAGCCUGUCAAACUUAAGCUUGAAAAAGUUUACCAACCUUCAUUGCUUCAGACGAAAAAGAGAUAUGCAGGCUAUAUGUUUGAAACAGCCAAUCAAGAAAAGCCCAAGUUUGAUGCUAAGGGAAUAGAAACAGUUCGUAGAGAUGGAUGUAUUGCAGUUAGCAAAAUUUUGGAGAAGGCACUAAGAAUACUUUUUGAAACAUACGAUGUCAGCAAAGUAAAAAAUUAUGUGUGCUCUCAACUGUUGAAAAUUUCAAGUGGAAAAUUGAGCAUACAGGAGUUAACGUUUGCCCGGGAAUUCCGUGGGAUUAAGGGAUAUCAGCCAAAUGCUUGUGUUCCUGCGAUGAAGCUAGUAAAGGAAUGGCUGUUGAAAGACCGAAGGGCUGAACCAAGAGUCGGAGAAAGGGUAGGCUAUGUUGUAAUAUAUGGACCACCUGGCGUUCCCAUCAUACGCCUUGUUCGUUCUCCACAUGAGUUCAUUUCAAAUCCUUCACUUCAAUUAAAUGCUGAAUAUUACAUUACAAAAGUAAUACUGCCUCCUUUGCAACGAUGUUUUACAUUAAUUGGAGCUGAUGUAUUUUCUUGGUACACAGCUCAACCAAAGAUUAAAAAAUCUUCAUAUCCAACUGUUAAAAUAGGAAAGAGUAAAAAGGAGACAUUAUCUCAGUAUUUCAAGACUGUAAAUUGCAUCAUUUGCAAUGAACUCUGUACAUCUGAUAUAUGUUCCAAAUGCCAAGAUAAUCCAAAACUUGUAACAUCCAAGCUCUUUUCCGAGUGGGCUUCAGCCGAACGACGUGAGCAUAUGCUUCAAGAGGUAAGUAAUAUGUGGCUCAUGCUGUGGCAGAAAAUAUGAGUUAAAAUGCACUUCACUUGAUUGUCCAGUCUAUUAUUCGGUGGUCAGUUGCAAUAAAAAUGCAGAAAAAAUUCAAAUGAUAAAAGAUUUAUUGCCGAACAUGUUCUCGGCAACAAGUUUAGAACUAAGUUCAGUAUGAAAAUGUCUAAUUUUUUUAAUAUUUAAAAGAAAAAACUUAUUAAAUGUAGUGUUCAGUUUUUCACUUAUAACUGUAAUGUCAACAACAAUAAUUGUUUUCUAAUAUGUGAUUCAGGAAUACAUUGUAGCAUUCUUCUUAAUUACCCAGUGAUAAAUUGUAAAAUAAUACAUUUACGAUAAUAUAUACACAAUGAAUUUGCUUUUAUUUAUUUAUAAUUAAUUCAGUGAUGAAAUUGUAUAU